AUGACCACGAACCAGGCUCCCAAUACGAGGGAGUUCAAAUCGUGGGAAGAUGCUNUUCAAUAUCCUGUCCCGGCUGUGCGCCGGCUUGAGCAACAACUCCGCUCGAAUAUCAAUGAGAACAGCGACAAGUUGCGCUCCCUGGUCGGCGAUAGUUAUCGCGAUCUGCUGAGCACCGCCGAACGAAUAGUCGACAUGGACCAACAGAUACAUUCAGUCGAAACACGCCUCGGAGAUAUUGGCCAAAAGUGCAAUGCUCGUGCCAUCGAGAGAAUUGCUGCCAAUCAACAAAGGACCGCUAAUGCUCAAAAACAUCGCAACUAUGCUCGCAAUGCUCUUGCUUCGAAUGUUGCUCUUCUUCAACGUUGCAUGACACAAGCACUCCAACUCAUCAAAGGAGGCAAUUUUGCCUUGCGUGCUGCAAAACUGCUUGUUAUCUCCAGAUUGCUGUUCACCAGUGCUGCCAAAUCUCCGGACCCGCCAGCUCUGCUUGACAACCUGAAGUCGAAGUUGACAUCACUCCGUCGCAAGCUGCUAAACCAUAUUGACAAGCGACUGGCGUCUGCCACUCUUGAGAAGUCCGCGCUGGUUGACACAUUGGCUGCCUUCUCUCUUGCGACCACAUCCACGCCAACAGACGUUUUGAACCACUUCUUGCAUGUGCGGGCCUCUGGUCUCGGUGAUCUGGUCGAAUCUCCCACGCAGAUCGACCUACACGAUGCGUUGGGUCUGCUCAUCACGACCAUCAAAGAAGUGCAGGCCAUCUUCCCAAAACAGCUAUCUGCUCUUCUUGGCAGGUUACAAGACGAGCCUUUACUGCAACACUCAAACAUCCAGGAUAUGCCGGAGCUUAACCUCGAUAUCUACGAGAGAUGGAUCUCCGACGAUGUACGCAAUUUCACUCCUUGGCUCAGACAUGAUCAGUUGCAAGCAUCUGCUGCCGCGAAUGUCUUGAAGAAAUGGGUCGCCCAAGCAAGAUCGACACUCCUGAAAGGACUCAAUUCACUACUUGAGGAUACCCAUGACUUAUCGGUAAUGAUCAUCUUACGGAAAGAAUUUAUUUCGCGUUCCCUGUCUGCCGACCGAAAAUUGCCUGGUCUUGAUCCGUCGAGCUUCUUCGAGGAAUUGCGUGCCUCCUUCAAUCGCCGUCUUCAAGCUUUAGUGGUUGCGUCUGCCAAUGUUGGUGAACAUAUCGUCGGCCCCUACUUGAGGGGCGAGUAUAUCCAGUCCAUAAUCAACCCUGGUCCUGCCGCCGAUCUUUGGGAUCCUGCCAAUCUCGAGAUUGAUCCAGGCAAAGGAUCCAUCACAUUCCGGAACCUGAUAAACAACGCUUCGCAAGGCAAAGAUGCCUCACUGCAGGGUCUGGUACAGUCGUUCAACUCAUGGUCUACAUAUUUGGCCACCUGGUCUACCACAAUCAAAGCCAUGCGCGAUGAUAGAUGGAAUGAUGAUCUUGAUCUCGACAUCGAAGAUGAUUUCGAGAUCGACUCUCCUCAAGAUUUGCUGGCCAGGGAAGAUCCUGACGAGUUGCAGAAAUUGCUCGCUUCGGAAAAAGCCAAGUCGCUCCGGGAUGCGUAUGAGCAGAUACAGUCCUACGUCGAGGAACAAGGCCGAACAGUCCGAUCCUUGCGACUUUUGCGAGAACUCGCGCAUCAGGCAUCACUAGGCGAAACACAAGCUUCCGCCACGAGACCACCACCGUCGUUAUCUCAAACCCUGCACGAGAUGCUUGCUGAGCAGGUAAUAGAAAAGUCGCAAGAGCAACAAAGAACCUCGACAAAACCAGCCAAGCUUUUUGUUCGUCCUCCACCUACCGCAUUAUGGGAAGGCUCUCCACCACUUCCGGUUCAGCCAUCACCUGCCUGCUUCAAAUAUCUGCAUGAAACAUGCAGGACAAUGAAGGAUGUCGGUAGUGAUCUUUGGUCGCCGUCCGCUGUCUCAAUACUUAAGAGCAGACUGCGGAAGACUAUUCUUGAUUCACUCAGCGAUACUCUGUUGAGUGCAAACAACACAAACGGCUCGACUGCACCAGCAGACUCUUUGAACGGAGACCAUGAAUCCUCCACAGCAGAAAAGGCCGUAGAAGGUUCUGCCNGGAGCAGCCCCCAGACCAAAACACCCACACCCUCGUCUCCAACAGAUCAAUCUUCCAAAUCCAUCCAAGCAGUCUUCGACUUGCUGUAUCUGGACAAGAUCCUCUCGGUUUCCAAGCCCAGCGCCAAGAUCCCUUGCUUUGAGGACACAAUCAAGGAGCUCAGACACAAGACCGACAUGGAAGAUCCUGCGAUCGAGCGCUUGAGAAAGAGUUCCAGCGAUUAUUACAAAAGGACAUACCUUUUGUUUGGGCUGCUCGCCGUGGGGUAG